GUCAAAAGUCAAGCAAUUGCGUGUGUUGAAAAGCACGUGGUCAUAUAACCGAGAAGAUACAAACUUUGUGAAGUCUUGUUUCGUAAAUUGCCUAGCUAGCUUGUACCGGCAAUCCGCAAUACAUUUUAAAUAAAAUGGCUCUCCCUAAAGAAGUUGUGGGUUUCAAGCUGGGCAGUCUCCUCAUUGAGGGCAAAACGAAACAAGUCUUCGACUUACCAGAUGUCCCUGGACACUGCCUGUUGCUCAACAAAGAUAGAAUCACCGCUGGCGAUGGCGUCAAGGCCCACGAUAUGGAAGGCAAAGCGGCUAUUUCUAACCAAACCAACGCUAAAGUCUUCGAAAUCCUUAAAGCAGCUGGUAUCAAAACCGCCUUUGUGAAAAUCGCUUCACCGACCGCAUUCAUUUCGAAGAAAUGUGAUAUGGUUCCAAUUGAAUGGGUCACAAGGCGUCUAGCUACUGGAUCCUUCUUGAAGCGUAACCCAGGAGUUCCCGAGGGAUUCCGCUUCACGCCACCCAAGCAGGAGACCUUCUUCAAGGAUGACGCCAACCAUGACCCACAGUGGUCUGAGGAACAGAUCGUGUCUGCCAACUUCAAGUUCAACAAUAUCGUUAUUGGUCAAGACGAAGUCGACUUCAUGAGAAAGACAACAAUUCUGGUCUUCGAAGUGUUGGAAAAGGCAUGGGCACUCCGCGACUGCGCUCUAAUUGACAUGAAGAUUGAGUUUGGUGUUGAUGCUGAUGGUAACAUUUUGGUGGCUGACGUUAUUGACUCAGACUCUUGGAGGCUCUGGCCAUCAGGCGACAAAAGGUUGAUGGUAGACAAACAGGUCUACAGAAACCUUACCAAUGUCACAUCGGCCGAUCUCGAUAAAGUCAAGCGCAACUUUGCGUGGGUAAAGGACCAAUUAGACCACUUGAAACCAACGAUUCACCACAAAGUCGUAAUUUUCAUGGGAUCGCCAGCAGACCAGGAACAUUGUCAAAAAAUCGCUAAAGCCGGCCGUGAGCUCGGUUUGGACGUAGACCUACGUGUAACGUCAGCGCACAAGGCAACAGAGGAGACACUGCGCAUCAUGCAGCAGUACGAAGACACGCAUGGUGCGCUCGUGUUCAUCGCCGUGGCCGGUCGCUCCAACGGCCUCGGGCCGGUACUGUCUGGCAACACCUCAUACCCCGUCAUCAACUGCCCACCACCCUCUGAUAAACUUGUACAGGACAUCUGGUCAUCCCUGUCAGUACCAUCAGGACUUGGAUGUGCGACAGUCAUAUACCCUGACAGCGCCGCACUUAUGGCGGCGCAAAUCAUCGGCCUCCAAGACUACCUCGUGUGGGGAAGACUCCGCGCUAGACAGAUCGAAAUGGCAGCAGCUCUGAGAGUAGCCGAUAAGAAAAUUAGGAAUCUUUAAUUUUUUAUCACCAAUGUUUAUUGCCUAAGUUUAGGGCCUUAAAGGUCUAUUGCAUUCCAUGUUAUGUCUAAUCUGUUAUUAUUAUUAUUAUUAUUAUCAUCAAUAAACUUAA